UCUCCUGACACAAGCUCUCAGGCUGGCUCCACAGAGGAACAGCUCCUCAAAGCGUUGGGAACAUGAUUAUCCUGGGGCUGGCACUUCUGGGCAGCUUUUUUGUAGGUGUCUUCCUCUGGGCUGUCCUUCAACACUUCCUCACAGCAGACAUCCCCUCUACGUUGCAAAAUCCCGCCAAGUUCAGAUUUCUGCACUGCAUGUUCCUGUACAUAUUCAUUUUGGCGGAAAUAUUUGAGAAGUUGGGAAUUUGCUCCAUGCUCAGAUUUCUCAAAUUAUUGCAAGCUUGUGUGAGAAUAAAGAAAGACGAUAGACUUACGGUAACUGACCUGUAUUUUGGGACCAUACCUGUGAGGCUGUUCCAGCCCAAGGCAGCGUCUUCUGGCCCCCGGCGAGGCAUCAUCUUCUUCCCCGGAGGAGGCGGGUUCUUGGGGAGCCUGGACCUCUUCCAUAGCCUGAGCAGUUUGCUGGUCCUGGAGACGGACUCCGUGCUGCUGUUGGUUGGGUACCGAAAGCUUCCUGAUCACCAUUACCCCAGCAUUUACCAAGACUGUCUGAACGCCUCCAUUCACUUCCUGAAGGCCCUGAAAACCUAUGGGGUGGACCCCUCCCGCGUUGUGUUCUGUGGAGAUAGCAUUGGGGGAGGGCAUGUGGCCUCUAUCACCCAGGCUCUGGUGGGCAGAUCGGAUCUUCCCCAGAUCAGGGCCCAGGUCUUGAUUUAUCCAGUUACCCAGAUCAUCAAUUUGCAGCUGCCGUCCCACUUGCAGAACCGAAAUGUCCCGUUCCUCUCCCAGAAGUUCAUGAUGAUAUAUAUGUUCAAAUAUAUGGUUAUCGACUUUCACUGGUGGGACGCCAUCUUGGGCGGUGCUUUCAUACCCCCGGAAGUCUGGAGAAAGUACCGGAAGUGGCUCAGUGCGGACAACAUUCCCAGCAGAUUCAGAAAGCCAGGCUACCAACCUCUGUUUCCCGGCCCUUUUAAUGAGGCUGCCUACCUGGAAAACAAACAUCUUUUCGACAUAGAAAAUGCCCCUCUGCUCGGGGAUGAUGAGACCAUCGCUCAGCUUCCUGCAGCCUUUGUGGUAAGCUGUGAGCAUGACAUCCUCCGCGAUGACGCGUUGCUCUAUAUGAAGCGGUUGGAGGACCAGGGGGUCCCCGUGACGUGGUGUCACGUGGAAGAUGGCUUUCAUGGGUCCUUGAUAUUUUUUGAUAAGAAGUUUUUCUCUUUCCCAUGCUCCCUGAAAAUUACAAAUGCUGUCAUCAGUUAUAUAAAAAGCAUAUAG